CAUAAAACAACAAAAUCAACGCACUAUGCACUAGCAUUUUUAGUGCUAUACAUAAAAUAAAAGAAAUCUAAAGUUCUCUUAAAAAACAUGGUGGCUUUAGAAACCAUUAAUGUGUUAUUUGGUGUUUUUGCUUUCCUUUGUGCUCAAAGCCAAAGUUUCCGAGUUGAAAUCAUCCACAUUGAUUCUCCAAUAAACUUACAUUCCUACAAUCCUUCAAAAGCUAGGGCUGAGUAUCCAAAGGACACUCUUCUCCCAUCCCAAUCACGCGUCGCCCGAAUGAAGCGACGCGCGGCUACUACUUUGCCGGGCCUCCCCGGCUCUGCAACAGCUAAGUUUGCAACCGAUGCAGAAUACGCCAUCGGAUACUAUGCCAUGAAGUUCUCCAUUGGCACGCCGCCGGUAGAGAGGUUCGCCGCAAUGGACACCGGCAGCGAUCUCACGUGGAUACAAUGCGAGCCAUGUCGAGGCGUAUGCUUUCCGCAAGACAUGCCGUUGUUCGAGCCGUCAACGAGCGCGUCGUACACGAGGUUGCCGUGCGACACCCCAAUAUGUCUCGAGGGUGGCUGGUAUUCAUGCGACACCUCCACCAACCUAUGCCAUUACGACUACGGCUAUAUGGAUGCGUCGUACCCUCAUGGUGACUUAGCUUACGAUACUCUUGCGAUCGGUGACACCAAUGGCGAUAAUAUUUCCUUCAUCAAACAGGCCAACAUUGGGAGGUUCAUGUAUUGCCUUCCGUGGUAUUCGGAAGCCAAUGUCUCCACCCACAUCGCAUUCGACUCUGACGCUGUAAUCCCUGACCCAGACGGUGUCGUUUCAACCCCUAUGGUCGACACGGAAUCUGGAAUGCUGGUCGACUCGGGGACCACUUUAACCUAUCUCCCAAAUGAGUUGCAUGAGGCGUUGAUAACAGAGUUAAGAAGUGUGGUGAAGAGCACUCCGGUGAGCGAUCCGAGUGGCACGUUUAGACUUUGUUACAAUGCGUCGGACAUAGCCGCGGAAGUGUUUCCGGCGGUGGCGGCACAUUUUGCCGGGGGCGCCGUCGUUCAGCUCUCGCCCAAAGCAUUGCUUAGCUAUUAUGUAGCCGAUGGGUUCCAUUCCAGGGGAAAAAUGGUGAAGGGACGUCAAGGAGAGCGCAUCAGACUCUAUGUCAGGGGAACUGUCCUCGGCUACAAGAGAUCGAAGUCAAACCAGUACCCGAACACCUCUUUGAUUCAGAUCGAGGGAGUGAACACGAAGGAGGAAGUGAGCUGGUACUUGGGAAAGAGGAUGGCCUAUGUCUACAAGGCUAAGACAAAGAAGAAUGACUCCCUCUACAGAUGUAUCUGGGGAAAAGUAUGCCGGCCUCACGGAAACAGUGGGGUUGUGAGAGCUAAGUUCAAGUCGAACUUGCCGCCCAAAUCCAUGGGAAACAAGGUUCGCGUUUUCAUGUACCCAAGCCAUAUCUAAGUGAAGAUGGAGAAUCAAGUUUUUUUGUUGCAGUGGAACUUGGACCCUCUAGCCUGCCUCAUUUUCUUAUCUUUCUAUUUUCCUUGAGUUUGUUUGAGAGAUAUUAAUGGUACAAACAAUGUUUUGAUUGUAGCAUAAUCUUCUUCUUCCCAUCCUGAAAUGAACACUUGGUUCCUUUACAUCUUCAAGCAUGCAAAUUAUUGUUAUCAUUUUUACUCAUAUGAAGUCUUUAAACAUAAGAUCUUAUAUCUAAGCACUUGGUGAACUGA